AUGUCGGAUCAUCCUCUCUCCCCGCAGAGGACGAGCACAUCUCCGCUCGGAAUCGAUGGAUCGAUCGUGCAAGUCUUGGACCGAAGGAACAGGGGCCCUUUGUCGAUCAUCUCUUCUGACCGGAAGGUAUUCACGUUUACAUCGAUCAAAGAUCACGGCGUUUCAUGGAUCAUCGGCAACGCCGUGAAGGAUCAAAUUGGCCACGAUGGAAAUAUGACGAAACGGGAAACCGUGUUAUUCGAAGAAGGUGACAGAAUUCGUAAUGACGAUUAUUUUCCUCAAGGAGAGGACUACGAAGACGAGAUUGGCUUUGAUAACAGGCAACCUCUGAAAGAUUAUCCGAACAAAAGGCGUUCGAAGGAGGAAGAAUUGGACAUGCUUCCGAUAAAUCCUAAGAACGAUACCCUAAAAAAGCCUUUGACGGAUCGCUUCGAAUCAUCGAACAACGGUGUAGGAAAAAUAAGGGAGCUACGAUUGGGCGAUCCUGAUUGUGGCGAGGGUCCACCCGAUUGGCACGAUCAGAAGAGCCCUUGCCAUCCACCAGAGGGCCCCUGUACACCCAUGGAACCACCGGGCUAUCCCUCGAAACCGAAGCCGGAGAGGAAGCCGUUUUGCGCGAAACACGAUCCAAUCAUCCCGUUCCUGAGGCCGUCCUUCAAGUUCUCCAUCGCGACGAUUGGUAAUUUCCGAGCUAAAAGCCCGUACUGUCUGGGAUCCUCCUUUCUCCAUGGUUGGAAUUUGGCGUCUUUUUCGAGGACACACUUUUACGAUAACUUCGCCUUCGCGAGAAACUUUAGCACUGUUCUCGCGCCGUGGGAGCCAGGAACAACGGUUUGUCUGUCGAAAGAAUUGUCGAGGUAUCUGCGACAAGAGCAAACGAGGUUGUUUCAAAAGGACGCGGUCCUUAUGAGGCCAAAGGAGAAGAAACCAUGCGUGCCAUGCGAUAAACGUCCACCUCAAUCGAAAGUGCCUUGCAAACGACCGUAUCAACGAGAAAAGCCUUGUCUACCGACGGAGAAGUGUAUACCACCCCUUCCACCAUGUUGUCGUAAACGACCCGUGAACCCAAAGUGUCCCAUCCAACCACCAUCUCCGUGUCCGCCUCCUUGCCCGAUGCCAUGCCCGAAUGUCGUGGAAAAACCUCCACAGAUCAAAAUAUGCUAUCGAAAGUGUCCCUUACCUCCGAAAUUACCAAAACUUCCGAAAUGUCCCAAGUUUCCUCCUCCACCGCCACCUCCAGAGCUACCUAAACUGCCCAAACUACCCAAGUGUCCGCGUCCUUGUCCGCCGCCUCCUGCACCAAAGCCGCCCAAGUGUCCAAAGAUACCUAAAAUAGAAUGUCCACCUCAAAAGGAAUGUCCACCGCCACCACCUUGUGAGCCUUGCCCUUGUCCACCACCCUGUCCGCCACCAUGUUGUCCACCUCCGCCACCUUGUCCACCCUGUCCAAUACCGAUGCCGUGUCCCAAACCUCUUCCUUGUCCGCCACCUCCUCCGCCUAAGAUCUGUCCACCAUGUCCACCAUGCGCGGAAUGUCCGCAACCUCCUCCUUGUCCACCUCCGCCACCGUGUUGCCCUUGUCCUUGUCCUGUACCACCUCCACCUCCUCCAUGCCCCAAACCUUGUCUAAACAAACAAUACAAAAAAUCUGUGGUGACUGACUGUCCCAACGAUGUUCCGUCUUGUCCCAAAUCUUCCAAUCCUAAGAAAAACCAAAAAAAUAAAAAUACGAAGAAAAGAAAUCUAUCCACGUAUCACACUCCAUCCAAAUUUCUUUCUCGAAGAAUCAUUUCUAGAAAGUUCCACGUGUUUUCCAUGCUGUCCGAGGAGAAAAAAGAUAAAAAGGAUAAAAAAGAUAAAAAAGAUACUUGCGCGAAAAUGGCAGAUAUCUGCGAAGAGCAAAAAGAUGAAUGUGCUGUAAUACCUUGCGAGAAAGAGAAAAAAAAAAAGAAGAAAGAUGUGUGCGAAGGUAGAACGAUGGCAAAGAUGGAAAAAAAAAAAGAUCUUAAAGAGCAAGAAGAGUGUAUAGAGAAAUGCAUUCCAAGGGGAAAAUGUGAAUUGCCCGAUAUUCCUAAAGCACCGAAGAUGGAGUAUGGACCUGUCGAUUGUCCACCUCCGAAGUUUGCCAAGCCCAAACCUUGUCCAGAUGUCCCGGAAACCAAGUUUGAGUACUCACCUCCGUGCGAAGAACGUACGAAAAAAAGAAAGCAAACCUGCAUGCCACCGCCUAUUCCAAAACCACCCACGGAACCGGUAGUACUUUGCCCCUGUCCAGCUCCGCCAAAGUUGCCCGCUGGACCGUGUCCCUGUUACGAUUUUAAGAAGCCAAAAUUAGCCAAGCCUAAAUUUCCACCAUGUCCGAAGAAGGAAAAAUACGUUUGUCAAGAAUCUAUUUUAUGUCAAUUCGAUCCGACUUAUUUAACAUUAAUUUUUUAA